AUGAGAACUCUAUAAACACGCAAUCCGAAUUCUUCAAUUCAUAAUCUAAAUAGCUUCAAAAAAAAUAUUACAUUUUCUUAUUACUAUUCUGAAACUUUUGAGGAAUUCCAAAAAAGACAAAGAGAUUAUGAUAAAUUAUAGAAAUAUCCCUAUCAUACUAGAUAGAAACCCAAAAACCUCAAUAAAUACAACUAUUCUAAGGCCGCUAAAGAGAUUAAAUAGUAAUUUUUUUAAACAAGGGCAAAUUUAAAAGAAUAUAUCUACUUCAAAGACCAUCAUUUGCAACAAUAAAAAAGAUCAAUUCAAACAAUUGUUGACAUUCUAAGAUAAUAGAAGAAGGUUUUAUAGGAUAAAAAAGUAAUAUCAGAGCAAAAAUAGAGAUAAUUCAAUCUGAUGUUAAUCCUUAUGAUUAUUAUUCCAAUUUUGUGCGUAAUGACUGUUUUGACUGAAUUAUUAUGA